CUCUGACAAACUUGACUAGUUUUGUACUAACUGUAAUAUACAAGGAUUGCAUUUUCUGUUUUUAUUGAGUAAUGAAAACUUUUCAGCAAAAGAAUGAAGAUUGAUUGCCUUGCCGUAGUCUUCCUCUUAAAUGGUAUUUCAAUUGACGCUUCUUGUCCUAACGGCUGUUCUUGUAAAAACUUAAUUGAAGGUUUAAAUCUGUUCUGCUACGGAAGAAGAUUGAAAUAUAUCCCAACUGUACCCAAAGAUACGAGCAAGUUAUAUAUGCACAACAACAUGAUAUCGACCAUAGAGAGCAAUACUUUCAUCAACAUGACAAAUUUAACAAUUGUGACACUUGAUAAGAAUAAUAUAUCUAUAAUAAAACAGUUUGCUUUUGUGGAUCUCCCAAGACUGCAACACAUAAACAUUAACGACAAUCAAAUAACAACAAUAGAACGAUAUGCCUUUGUUGAUACUCCGUCACUUUAUUUUAUGAAUCUCACCUCAAAUCCUAUCAACUGUGACUGUGGUGUGUAUCCCUUUUGGUCGUGGUUAAAUGAAAGAAAAUCUAUCAAUGUAGAAGCUACAUGUAGCAACGGGACAUUUAUUACUUCACUUGGAUCAAGUGAGCUGGAAAAAUGUAAUCCUGAUAAUUGCCAGUGUUUGAAUGACGGGGAGUGUGUUAUGACAGGUAGCGGAAGUGUAACUUGUAACUGUACUGAACCUUGGACCGGUGAAGUAUGUCAAGGUAAAUAUGGUGUUAUUGUAUAACAAAUAUGUACAUAUAAGUUAUUUUGAAUGGAUGUAGUCAGCAGUUUGCUCAUUUUGACUCUAAAACAUUUAAUUAGGUUCGAAACAUAAAUAGUAUUUAUCAUAUUUAAAUACUUACUGACCUCGGCGUCAAAGAGUUCUAAGUGUGUCAUCUACAGUAAUCAAAAGUCUCUAAAUUUUACUAAAGUAAGCAGUAAUAAAGAAGAAAAAAGUCAAUUUAGUUUGUAGUUUUUGUAAACUAACAUUAUAGUAUGGGUUGUAUAAAUGUAUCCUCUCUCGUUAUAAUGUAAAAACUGGUAUUGAAUGAUCCACAUACAUGUACAUCUGUAUGUGUAUCUUUCUAUGUGUAUGCACAUGCUUAAUUCUAUAUCAUAAAUCAUACUGUUAUAUGUAUAUAUAUGCUUAAUAAAUUAUAAACCAUACUGUUGUAUGUACAUGCUAAAAUCUAUAUUUUAUAUCAUACUUUUUUAUGUUGUUUUUUACAAAAUAACUUACAGUACCGGCUUUUCAUGUUUUUAUACUAUGUUACAAUUUUAUAUGAUUAUAUAUAUGCAAAUAUUUUAAAUGAUAUUGCCGUCAUUAUUGGAAAUUUAAGCCUACGUCUUCUGAUGUAAAAUGUCUUAUAAAACGGUGGUAAUCAGGAUUAAAUCCAUUUAAUGUUCACAAAAAACACAAAUUACCGUAGUCAUUCUUGUAUUCGAAUGAAUAUCUUGUCUUGCAUCAAUAUUAUGUUGAUGACAUUUGGUGUUUUAAGUUAAAUGCACAGUUAAACAAAAAAAGGUUAAUCUAAAAGCAAUAGGUUACAACAAAUUCGACCGUUUUGAAGUUCCAUAUUUUCAAUGUAUGGUAAUGUAUUUGGUCGUUGUUACUUGUAUAAUAAUCUUUUUGUUUUAGAAAAAGCGUUUAGGUUACAUUUUAGUCACUGCUUCAAAUGAUAUAUCAUGUAAUUAUCUUGCAAAUGUUUUCUUUCUUGUUAUUGAUUCUUAUUAAGAAAUGUGUAACGGAAUAAAAUCAAUAAGUUGGUCAUGGAAUGUGAACCAUGCAUUAUUCUAAUUGGAUCUUCUCUCGGAAAUUGUAAUUAUAAUCUAAUUGAAUUUUUUUAUUAUAUUUUCAUUUCAUAUAUCGCUGAUAACGAGACAAAACAGCUGUUAUGAUGACAAUUAAUUGGUUAUGAUUGAGGAGGAAUGGUCGAAUUUGUACAAUACAAGUAGUUCAAUUGAACGAAUGUUCAGAUACUGUACGUUAUGUUAUGCACUAUUAUCUUGUACAGUCGUUUUAUCGCACAGGAAACGAUAAGAUGUUCAGCACCAUCCAUGUUCUCAAUUAUUAAAAAAGUAAAAUAAGAACGAUACUGAACUCAAAAGAAAAAUUAAAACAAAAGGUCCUUUAACAAAUUACAAAAUAAAAAGUUAAACACAUCAAAUGAUUAGAAAACAGACACUUUCUUUCUUAUCAAAAGAUUAAUUGAAUCUCCUUUUAUAGCUAGAUAGUUACAGAAACCUGUAACACAAUCGGAUAACUUAAAUUCAUCAAUAGUUUGCAAUCUAAACUGACAAUGAUGAGAAAAUGGGUUGUGCUUUCUUUUAUUUGAUACAAUUUUAACAAAUGCUAAGUUUUAAUAUGAUGGUUAUGUAAUUUAAAAAUGAUU